UUUAUCAUAUGCGCGAUAUGUGACGGUUCUCGUUGCUAUCGAACGAGAUCUGGUGAGAAGGUCCAUUUUUACAGCCUCUCCUUUACUAAAAGCGUAAAAUAGACAGGCGAUGGCGAGUCUUGUUACAAAAACUACCGAAUUGGUAAAAGUUGGUGUGCAACACGCAAGGCCUGUGUUGCAUGUAUGGCAGCAAUACGCCAGGGUAGAAUUGACGCCACCUACGCUGAAAGAUAUUCCUGCGAUUCGAAGUGGCUUUUCCAAGUUGAUUCAAGGUGCAAAAACCGGUCGCUACCGUGAAGUUACCGUACGGGAGGCUGUUAUAAACACCUUGGUGGCUGUUGAAAUAUAUUGUUGGUUCUUUGUUGGAGAGUGUAUUGGAAAACGACACAUUGUUGGAUACAAAGUAUAACAAUUCCACCUAAAUUUGGUGGUCGAUUGAUAAAAGAUGCUACAACUAUCAGACCUUCUUCAUAUAAAUCUUGUUGCUGUAUGGAUUCUUUCAUUAAUUCAAACAUAUCACUGUAUAAUGGAAUUGUAUUCUUGGAUGGAUCAAUCUUUUUCUGAAUAUCGUGCAAACCUUCCAAAUAAGUUUCAACAUUGUUUGCUAAUGAUUCGGUAUCACCUAUAAUAUAAUUGUUUUAUAUUUUAUAAAUUA